GCAACUCCAGCCCUUAGAAAACACGGAGAGAUCACACAUAUGCACAUGUACACACACACACACACACACACACACACACACACACACACACACACACGCUUCUUAUGAUUCUACCUUCAAUUCUCCCAGAAAAGCAGUUUCUGUAGGUGAUAGAAUGAGUGCAGGUGAUCUUCGAAGGAGACUGUGGUUUUCACAGAACUACCAACAACACUGAUGCAGGAGCCUGUUAACCCAAGUACUGGAAAGCUCAUUCUGUCUUCUUAGGAAACUAUGGGACUACAAUAACCUCCGUGCUUCUGUUACUUCCACAACUCGACAGGGAGUCGAACAUCAGCAGCUCGGUCCCGGCUGCUAUGGAGUUUCUUGAGAGAACUUACCUUAUGAAUGAUCAAGCCACCAAGAUGUAUACUUUCACUCUGGACAGAGAACUUCGACAGAAACCUGUGAAUAAAGAUCAGUGUCCUGGAGACAGGCCAGAGCAGCCAGAGGCAGGAGGCAUCCAUCACUGCCACAGCAGCAACAAGGCCACAGAGAACAGGUCGAGCAAGCAAGUGCAUGCUAAGUGGAGGCUCUGUGCUGCUUCAGCAAUAUGCUUCAUCUUUAUGCUGGCAGAGGCAGUGGGUGGACACGUUGCUGGGAGUCUGGCCGUUCUCACCGAUGCUGCUCAUCUCUUCAUUGACCUGACCAGUUUCCUGCUCAGCCUCUUCUCCUUUUGGUUGUCCUCAAGGCCCCCUUCCAAGCUGCUGACAUUUGGGUGGUAUCGAGCAGAGAUCCUUGGUGCCCUGCUGUCUGUCCUUUGCAUCUGGGUGGUGACUGGUGUGCUGCUGUACCUUGCCUGAGAGCGCCUACUGUAUCCUGAUUACCAGAUCCAAGCCAGCAUCAUGAUCAUUGUUUCAGGCUGUGCAGUGGCAGCCAACAUUGUACUCACUGCAAUUUUGCACCAACCUCACCUUGGCCACAACCACAAAGCCGUUCAAGCUAAUGCCAGUGUCAGAGCAGGCUUCGUGCACGCCCUAGGGGACGUAUUUCAGAGCAUCAGUGUACUAAUUAGUGCCCUCAUUAUCUACUUUAAGCCUGACUACAAAAUUGCUGACCCAGUGUGCACAUUUAUUUUUUCCAUCCUGGUUUUGGCCAGCACCGUCAUGAUCUUAAAAGACUUCUCCACCUUACUCAUGGAAGGUGUUCCAAAAGGCCUGAGUUAUGACAAUGUGAAAGAGCUCAUCCUUGCGGUCGAUGGCGUGAUCUCUGUGCACAAUCUACACAUCUGGUCCCUCACAGUAAACCAAGUGAUUCUCUCUGCUCAUGUGGCUACAGCUGCUAGCCAGGACAGCCAGUCUGUGCAAACAGGAAUUGCUCGUGUCCUCAGCAGUAACUUUGAUCUGCACUCCCUCACCAUUCAGAUAGAAUCUGCAGCAGACCAGGACCCCAGCUGCCUUUUCUGUGAAGACCCACAGGACUAG